GGGAGGUGAUGGGGCCGCGCCGCCCCUGCCCCCUCUGUGGCCCUGCAGGCUUCCGCGGGCACUUCCGGUUCUGCCCGCCUUGCGGCUCACGGCCCCGCCUCCAGGCCCGGGAAGGUUACGCUCUAGGCGAGGACAAGGGCGGGGAGGGGGGGGGGGGGCAGCAUGCGCACCGCUGUCUCUGACCUCUACUUGGAGCACUUGCUGCAGAAACACAGCCAGCCCGAGGCUGCUCACACCAGGCGAACGCUGUGACCUAGGGCAUGUACACCAACGGCUGGGCUGCCCCAGGAAGCCUUGCCCAGCCCAAGGGGCAGGACGUACAGAAGGUGCGACUCAUCCAGUUCCAGACAGUCACCCAAGAGCCCAUGGGAAUCAUCCUGAAGCUGAACGACAAGCAGUCCUGUACGGUGGCCAGAAUUCUUGAUGGCGGCAUGAUUCACAGACAAGGCUCCCUUCACGUUGGGGAUGAGAGCCUAGAAAUCAAUGGCACAAACGCGACUAAUCACUCAGGAGAGCGGCUGCAGAAGGCGAUGAAAGAAACCAAAGGAACGAUCUCAUUAAAAGUAAUUCCCAACCACCAGAAUCAUCUUCCUGCACUACAGAUGGUCAUGAGAGCCAAAUUUGACUAUGACCCCAAAAAGGACCACCUGAUCCCCUGGAAGGAGGCGGGGCUGAAGUUUGUUACCGGGGACAUCAUCAAGAUACUCAGCAAAGACGACAGUAACUGGUGGCAAGGGCAGGUGGAAGCUUCCUCCAAGGAGUCAGCUGGAUUGAUCCUUUCUCCUGAGCUGCAGGAAUGGCGAGUGGCAAGCGUGGCUCAGUCUGCUGCGAGCGAAGCCCCAAGCUGCAGUCCCUUCGGGAAGAAGUACAAAGACCAGUACCUGGCCAAGCACAGCUCGAUUUUUGACCAGUUGGAGGUCGUUUCCUACGAGGAAGCUGGUCGGCUCCCGGCGUUCAUGAAGAAGACCCUGGUGCUUAUAGGAGCCAGCGGGGUGGGCCGCUGCCACAUUAAGAGUGCCCUGCUCAGCCAGAACCUGGACAAGUUUGCGUACCCCACCCCGUGUACCACACGGGCGCCCAGGAAGAGUGGGGAAGAUGGAAAAUACCACUUUGUCUCCACCGAAGAGAUGACGAGGGGCAUCUCUGCCAACGAAUUCCUGGAGUUUGGCAGCUACCAGGGCAACGUGUUUGGCACCACAUUUGAAACCCUGCACCAGAUUCAUAAGCAGGACAGGAUUGCCAUCCUGGACAUUGAGCCCCAGACCCUGAAGAUUGUCUGCACAGCAGAACUGUCAUCGUUCAUUGUGUUCAUCGCACCCUCCGACCAGGGGGCACAGACAGAGGCCCUGCAGCAGCUGCAGAAAGACUCCGAGGCCAUCCGCAGCCACUAUGCGUACUACUUUGACCUCUCGCUGGUCAACAACGGCGUCGAUGAAACCCUGAAGAAAUUGCAAGAAGCCUUGGAGCAGGCGUGCAGUUCUCCACAGUGCGUGCCUGUCUCCUGGGUUUACUAAGCUUGCAGAAGCAGGGAACUACCAUCCGCCCUUCUGUAGCUGUGUGAACUGCAUUCUCCUUGCUUUCAGACCAACAGGAAGGCUCCCCUAGUUUUGUCAGCUUCCCGCACUCUGCUCCUCUCCUAUUUCCGCCACCGGUGGGCGUCAGGCUGGUGCAGGCUCCUGACUGGGCUCUGACUUUCCUGCUAGAUGGAGCCCCAGUGAUCAGGGCUUCAGAAGGCUCUCUGGAAAUCUGAGGCGGAAAGUACUGUCAAAACUCACCUGCUAACCAAGGAUGGUGCGCACAGAGAGGAAAAGCUACGGACCUUGUUCUUUAAAGCCUGUGCGCCUUCACCUUUAACUACCCUGGGCAUUUAAUUGGUCUUGGAAGCAUUUGUAACCUCAGCCUCAACUUUUAAAAUGCCAAAAUGAAACAGCUGCGCAAUAGAAGGAUGUCUGCUCUAGGGAAACCCUCAAAAGCAAUAAAAAUGUUGUGUUAAAAUGCCAG